CAAAAACUAAAAAAAUAAUGUUUUAGUAUUACAAGCAAACAGCUUAAGUUGAAUGAUGGAUCUGGUAAACUAUUUUUUUAUAUUGCAUACAAUUACAUGACACUAUAUUAUACUAUAUUAUCUAAUAUUAUGCCUAGGCCUACAUUUAUUAUUGUAUAUAGGCCUAUAAUAUGUAUGUUUUUGUUUACAGGGUUAAUAUUAUUUUAUAUUAUGAGAUACUGUCACACAUUUGGCGGAUCCUACAGUGUAUUUUAUAUGUAUUUGAACUUGCCUGGGCUUCGUUUUCUUCUAGAAAAGACGAGCUCCUCCAUCCGUUACAUCACCAUCGCGCUAAUCCUCCAGCAGGUCACGUGGUCCAAUGUUUGUCAAUUCGAGGGAGUUAAGCAGCGCCUCGUCUGCGCGGGCUCAUUGUCGCAGAGGUUUGGAAAAUGAUGCUCUCCCCUUGGGACCGAUGGUAUUCAAGCACCUGCUGCCUGUGCUGCCAUGUCCGCACAGCCACCAUCAUCCUGGGGGUCUGGUAUAUGCUCAUCAACGCCGUGGUGUUGGUCAUCCUCUUUACGGCGCUCAGCGAUCCCGACCAGUACCACCUGACCAGCGCUGAGCUGGCUAAUGACCUGGAUGUCAUGGAUGACGCCAAUAUGUGCAUUGCUUCAGCAAUCUCCCUGCUGAUGAUAUUAAUCUGUGGGAUGGCUACCUAUGGUGCAUAUAAGUUGCAUGCCGCCUGGAUCAUCCCCUUCUUCUGCUACCAAAUAUUUGACUUUGCACUCAACACCCUGGUGGCUGUGAGCAUCGUAGUCUAUCCAAACACGAUCCAGGAUUACCUCCAACAACUGCCGGAAAACUUCCCCUACAAAGAGGAGGUGGCUGCCCUGAGCAGUUUCUGCCUGGUCCUCAUUGUCUUGCUCUUCAUCAGCUGUAUUCUAGCGUUCAAGGCCUACCUGAUAGCAUGCGUGUGGAAUUGCUACAGGUAUGUGUGCGGAAGAGGAAGUUCUGAAGUGCUGCUCUACGUGACCACUAAUGACACCACGGUGCUGCUCCCCCCAUACGACGACAGUGUCAGGGCACCCCCCAAACAGCGCCCCCUAUCCUACACAACAGCCUGAAGACCAGGCCUCGACACUGUCACCAUGACACCCUCUACGAAACCCCAUAAUAUCCACUUUGUCCUUGAGACAUGCUAUUGAGCUAUUCUUGUUAUUAUUUAUUCUUAUUUAUUUUCCAACGCACCACACUGCCUCAACACUACCCUACAUAAGAUGUAGACACACACACACACACACACACACACACACACACACACACACACACACACACACACACACACACACACACACACACCCUUCAUGCAUUCAUAAGAUAACUCAUUUUACACUUUCAUUCACAACUGGUAUUUGAUGCCAGCUUUGACCUACUGAUCGGUGUGUGGAAUAACGUGUAACUUUGUACAUUUAUUGUGUGUCCCUCCCAAGAACCUGUGUACGACUACUUAACCGUUUUAUUCAUUGGCACUCAUUUCUAUUCUGAAUGGGGAAUAUCCAGGAAAUGAUAUGCAUUGUAUGCAUUUGACACUGGGCGACCUAAUGAAAAAUGGAAGCAUUUACAAGUGUGAGGAGGGAGUAUACAUAGAUAUAUAGAUAACAUAUAGAAAAGAAAGGAUAUAUUUGUAUUUCUAUUUAAACAGCAGUUUAGGUGUAAUAGCAUUUUCUUGUCAUUCCUGAUGAUCAAAGAUGCCCCAAAUAUGAAAAGAAGGCCCUGUUGUUUCUAGUGAGUAGAGAAGGGUCUUUAAGUGUUUCCCGGUAGCUUCUAGUGAUCAGGGUUAGAUUGCCUUUAUCCAUAACCUCCUCUGUCACGGGGUGCGCUCCGUGGAAUCAUGUGUGGUGUGUCACAGUAACUACAACCAUUCCAAAGACUUCAACCUGCCUGUAAUCUAAUAUGAUCAAAGAGCAGCACACACACAUAAAAACAUUAACUGUACAGUAUAACGUACAUUCUGCCCUAUUCUUUGACACUCUUUGAAAUUGUGUUGUCAUGCUCAGCCCAACUGUGUUCUGUUUUGUGUUGGACUUGAUUGUUUAACGGUAGAAGACUUCCAUGACUUUGAGAUGUAUGUGCUUGUGUUGUGUUUCUACUGCCUAGUGGGGCACGCUAUUCUGCAGCCUGCACCGAAGUAGCACUGACUAGGGACCACCAGGGAGCCGGAUAAGUCGGCAUGAUGAGGUGGCAGGCUGAACCUAGAUCAGUGUUUCCUCCCCUGAAGGGCCUUGAUGUAUGGGAGCCUGCGUGUGUUUUUCCAGUUGGCUUUUGUAGAAGUCCGUUUUACCAGAUGCAGGCUCUUGGCGGGCUCCUCCCCGGGACAGGAAACGUAUAACGUGGUCGUAUUCAGGGUCAAAUCUAUUACGAAAAAAAUACUAAGAUGUGAUAUUUGUCUAUUAAAAUCCAAUUUGAUCCACA